GAGAGUUCGAAUCAGAAUCAGACGAGGAAGGUAACUUACUGACAGAGAGCGGCUUUGGUACUGAAUCAGAAACCAGAAUCGGUGGCUUCCUACAGUAGAUAUGAAAUAUUAGACACCUUUAACUGCCUCUGUUUACAGUUUUUGUCAUGUCGGUCAUUCCCUGUUUAGUUGACAGAUGGAGUGAGGAGAAUAACAACAUAAUUUUGACUUGGAAGCAAAAUGAGCGAGGCCUUGAACCAGAUCAUCAUUUUAAGAAGCGAUGCUGGUCUGAAAGCUUUAAACUGCUGCAGAAAAUUCAAGGAAUCCCAGCAGCUACUGAACGACUCCAACUUGAAAUGACCGUUUCAUAUAAUACGUUUUUAUUCUCGUUGGAUUUCUCCAAUGCAAGUGAAAUAGAAGAAAGUCUCACCAACAGUUUAUUAAGAGCUUUAGAGGCGUGUGGAUCUCAGGUGUCCUGUUCUGACCCGGUUCAGUUAUGGGAGACUGUUCUGCAGACUUUUGACGCCUCAGUCUUUGUGCCUUGUGUCCACAAGCUUCUGCUCAUCCAGUGGAUGCUGUGGCUCAUGCAGGGUCAGUUAGAGAGGGUUCUUACUCUUCUGAUGCAGACUAAUCACAAGAGAGAGCGUUCAGCACCUGUGAAUCUACAGACAGAAACCCGAAACCUUGCUUUGAGCACAGAAGAAGACUCCUCGCUAAAGGUUGCCAUGGCAGCAAAGGACCUCAAGGAUCUCUUGCACAUCUGCACUGUAAUGUGUCAAGGGGUGGAACAGAUGAAGAAGGAAAAAUAUUCUGAGGCCCUUGAAGCUUUUCAGGAGGCAGAAGGCCUCCCAAGUCCCAGAAGUCUCUUGGCACAGUUACACAACCUCACAGGCCAGAGUUUUGCUAAGCUGGGUCAGCCCCAUUGUGCUCUCCACUUUUACAGGAAGGCAGUGGAGGUGGAUGGUGCUUGCCAUAGUGCACUUUAUCAAAGUGCGCUGGUGUUCAGACAGCUUGGCAAUCCAAAGGCAGAAAUGGAGGCCUUGCAUCUCCUUUACUCAGCAGUCCAACUGCAGUCUGAUAAAAGUUCAUCUAGUGCUUCACUGGUCUCUCCAGCUAUGCUGUUUGGUGGUGCACAGAUGAGCUUCAUUAGCAGAGUCCCUUCCCCUUCUCUGAUUCUGCACACUUUGGCACACACAUGUGUGUUCAAUGGCAGCAUUUCAGAUGGUGUUGAGUACUAUCUAGAUCUGUUGGCGUCACUGCAGUCAGAUGGCAAAGAUCUUAUACAAAAAGGAGAUGGCACUUCUUUUCCCAGAAUCCCAGUGGUCUACCUUGAAGCAGGAUUUGCUUUAUUAAAAGCUAACCGUUAUUGUGAUGCGCUUGUGGUCUGUGAGGAAGUCAUCACCAGCACUUUGGACGUCCUUCCUGAGAGAUUGCUGCUUGAUGCUGAUGAAAAGCUAAAAGGAGCUGAUUCUGAUGUUGUACUAGAAAAUGUAGAUCUUGUGUUAUGGGCUGGUGCAGCCCAUCUGCUUCAAGCACAAGCCCACUGGAAACUGAAGGACACCAAAGAGGCUAUUACAGAUUUUACAAGAGCGAUUAAUCAACUGUUUAAAGUGUUCAUUAAACAGAAAAACUGGAAACAAAAACAUUUUGGAAACAGUGAAGCGAUGAUUGAAAGAAUGGUGACUGUGGAAGCAGCAAAAGGGCAAGCACUAGCUGGUAGAGGGCUCUGCUUUCUGGAAGGAGGUCAAUUAAAGGAAGCCCUGAGAGAUCUUAAUGUCAGUCUCCAGAUGACACAAGGUUGUAAGAAUACCGAGAUGUGGCUGACUGAGGUCUUGUGGAGGCUUGAUCGUAGAGAGGAAGCAUCAGCACACUGGAGAGACGUCCACAGGAUUAAAGAUGCACCUAAGUCAAUAAAGCUACCGCUGUAUUUGCAGCUAUGGCCAGAUGAGACCGCUUUUGACUUCAGUGACUUGAAGAAGAAAAUCGAGGAGUAUAUUCAAGGCAAAAAGACAUGAGUGAUGUCUGAAAGGAUGCUCCCUACUACAUUCAGCUAAACUGCACCA